UCUCAACGACGGACCAAUCGAGAGAGAGAGAGAGAGAGAGAGAGAGGAGUAAACCCGACGGAGAGGCGAGCAGGGGGAGAGGAAUUGUUGGAGAAGCGGAGGUGGAAACCCUAGGGAGUUGGUUUUGGUGAAAAGGGGGUUUGGGGUUUUGGGAUUUCUCGUAUAAUCUUGGUGUUCUGGUGGCCGACUCGGAGGAGAAUUUGUGACUGGCGGCUGGGGUUAGGGUUUGUGGGUUGGUUGGGAGAUGGCGGGAUUUCUGCCGGGGAAGAUGAAGAGGAAGGAUCUGGAGGAAGUGUACGGCGACUUCUCGGAGUUCUCCCUGUCGUCGCCGGCUAGAAAGAUCAGGAGACUGCAACUUUAAUCUCAAGCAAGGAUUCAUUUCUGGGUGUGUCGUUGUUCAUAUUUUUGUUUCUUCGGGGUUGUUACGCAAAUUUGGGAGUAGAGAAGUAAAUUCAUGCUGGGCAGUUAUUAGGAUGCGGAGCUACCUCCGAUUAUGGAAGAGGAAGACUCAGCAGUUCCAGUGGUGUUCGAAUUCGAACAGCAGCAGCUGCCGAGGGAUCUAAUGAGUGGUAGCAGUAGUAUGCCCGAAUCAGGAUCCACUAUGACCGAUGCUGUGCCAGUUCCUGCUUUGAAUGAGGAGAGAUCUCUUGUUCUGUACAAGCCUGUGGACGCCCAGCUCCUCUGGUCACCUGCUCAAUCAAAUGUUUCGUUCAGAGUGAGCUCGGACCUGAUCCAUGGUCUAAAGAAUCAAGCUUUCCAGUCAGGUAACCAGAUGCGAGUAGAAGACAAAUCAGCUGUAUCAAGUAACUGCUUAGCGGUGGUUCCCUGGGUGCCGAACAAGGGCUCUGUGGUCGCUACUGGUUCCGGAGACCCUAUUGAAGUGCAGAGCAAGGUAUCGCAGGAGCCAAUGGAGGCUGAACAAAUUGAGAGCGUGUCUAUGGAAGUAGAAGAAGAGAGAGACCAAGCAGAGCAAGCAAGUAUCGACGGAGGAGCGGGUGGUGAAGGAUUCCAUCAGUGGCAGCAGCACUGCAUGACUCCACAGCUUCCACCCAACCCAUCGACUCCUGUGAUGUGGUCUUGGUGAUGGCCAGAGCAGAGUGCAUGACCCUUGCCUUUUUGGAAAUGGGCAUUCCAGUUUUGCACUGGGAAUCAGAGAUAACUGAUGGUAUCCUGAUUGCUUUUCUUGCUCCCCUUCCGACAUCUGGUGACAUGUUCCAGCAGGAGAACUGAAGGAUUAGUUUAGUAGUCCGAGGAAUCAAUGAGAGAAGGUCCUUUUGUACGUGCACGUAGCUUCUGUUGUAGAAUGGAAUAUUCUCUUUUAGGUUAUUCCUCGUCUCUUGAAAACAUAUAUCACCCGGUUCAUGCUAGCAGGAGCGCAUGGUUUUCAUCAGGUUUGUGCUUGGGAAAGUUGAUGCUUAUCUGAUGAUGAAGUGAAUUGCAUUGUUUAUAAUGUUCAUUGCACAUUAUAAACAUGCAAAUUUUUCUUAAGGAAAAUCGUGGUGUGUUUCUUGGAAGCAUUUCUUUUACUUGACGUGCAUGCAUUCCUAAAUCUCGCUUUUGCCUUGGAUAUAUUAUAAAUAAUAUAUAUACAUAUUUUAUGUA